GGGCCCGGGGAGGACCCGAUUGGGCGGUCCAGCUGUCCAGGGUACCCGCUGCGGCGGACCCCGCCGGCGCUCGCGGACCCCUCGGACUCCGGCGGCUCGGGAGCGAGGCCGCUGCGGCCGGGCGCGCGCUCUGCCAGGCGGACCGGCGACCCGGAAAGGCGGCGCGGCGGGGUCGGCACCAGCUCCUGCGCGCACCGGGCCCCGCGGGCCGGCGCCGCGGGCAUGUCGGAGGCGCGCAAGGAGCCGGACGAGGCGGACGAGGGCCAGUGUGACUCGGGCAUAGAGUCUCUGCGGUCGCUGCGCUCCCUGCCCGAGCCCACGCCGACCUCAGCCGCUGCGCCCUCGGACGGCGGCGGACGCCAGCCCUGGACCCAUCCUCGGGGGACCACCAAGGUGCCACAGGAGAAGGAAGACGCCGACGGGGAGCGGGCUGACUCCACCUAUGGUUCCUCCUCGCUCACGGAGUCCCUGUCCUUGCUGGGGGGCCCAGAAGCCGAGGCCGAGGCCCUGGCCCCAGGCUCGCCGCUGCCCCGCGCGGGGCCGCUGAGCCCUCAGCAGCUGGAAGCGCUCACUUACAUCUCAGAAGACGGAGACACGCUGGUACACCUGGCAGUGAUCCACGAAGCCCCCGCCGUGCUGCUGUGCUGCCUGGCUCUGCUGCCACAGGAGGUCCUGGACAUUCAGAACAACCUUUACCAGACGGCCCUCCAUCUGGCCGUGCACCUGGACCAGCCGGGCGCAGUGCAGGCACUGGUGCUGAAGGGGGCCAGCAGGGUGCUGCAGGACCGGCACGGUGACACGGCCCUGCAUGUGGCCUGCCAGCGCCAGCACCUGGCCUGUGCCCGCUGCCUGCUGGAGGGCCAGCCGGAACCAGGAAGAGGACCGCCUCACUCCCUGGAUCUCCAGCUGCAGAACUGGCAAGGGCUGGCCUGUCUCCACAUCGCCACCCUGCAGAGGAACCAGCCACUCAUGGAGCUACUGCUUCAGAACGGAGCCGACAUUGACGCACAGGAGGGCACCAGUGGGAAGACAGCGCUGCACCUGGCCGUGGAAACCCAGGAGCGGGGCCUGGUGCAGUUCCUGCUGCAGGCCGGGGCCCGAGUAGACGCCCGUAUGCUCAACGGCUGCACGCCCCUGCACCUGGCAGCCGGCCGGGGCCUCGGCGGCAUAUCAGCCACGCUGUGCGAGGCGGGCGCCGACUCCCUGCUGAGGAACGUGGAGGACGAGACGCCCCAGGACCUCGCUGAGGAUCCCCUUACUCUGUUGCCCUUUGAUGACCUCAAGAUCUCAGGGAAGCCGCUGCUGUGUGCUGACUGAAGCCCGGGCAGGAUCCGCGGCCCCGGGAACCUGGGACCACCACUGCUGCAGCUGGAGCCCAGACCACAUGCAGACCCAGACCCCUCUGGGGUCCUAGGCCCUGCUGGGGCCAGAGCCAGGGGCCAGGGCAGUCCGAGCAGAGGAGGAUUGCCAGUGAGAGCGCGAGCCAGUCUGGGAGGAAGAGAUUCCAAGGUGGAUGGGGGUUCCUGGAAGAGCCCCAAAGCCCCAGGUGUCCUGGGUGAAGCCCCUUAGCCUCCCUCGCCUGCGGGGUGGGGGCUGUGGUUCCUGUUCCUGCUCCCGUUGGGCGGGCCUGAAACUGCCGGCCAAUGGGAAGACAUGGACUCUGGCGAGAGACAGAGAGACCCAGCAGCCAGCAGGCCCUGAGGGCUCCAACAUUUGCUUAAAGACUUCCCACCCAAGGCCCUGAACUGAGCAUCGGGGAAGGGCAGUUUCAGUAACAUGACACUAAAUGCAGACUUUUUGAAAGA